GGCUCCUGCCGGGCGGACGGUCAGUGGGUGGGGACGAGGGGCGGCACGGACCCAUGGCGACGUCGGCGGCUGUGCAGGCGGUGGCGGCGGCGGCCCUGUCUGGCUUGGCGCUGCGGCUGUGGCGCUCGGCCGCGGCCCGCGGCUCCUACAGCGCCUUCUGCAAGGGGCUCACGCGCACGCUGCUCACCUUCUUCGACCUGGCCUGGCGGCUGCGUGUGAACUUCCCCUACUUCUACGUCGUGGCCUCGGUGAUGCUCAACGUCCGCCUGCAGGUGCGGAUCGAGUGAGCGCCCGUCCCGCCCCGGGCCGC